AUGAGUACUCCACUUGACUUCUUACAACAGAUGUUGCCUAAUGUUGAUAAACAGGAUAUAUUGACAUGUUUGGCUGAUGAACAUUAUGAUCUAAGCAAGGCAAUAUGUCGACUUCUCGAGUCUGACAUGUUCAAUGAGGACGAAGAAUAUGGUUACAUUGAUGAGUCAUCAAUUACUGAUCAGACUCAUAAGCAACAACAGCAACAACAAGUUGUACCUGUUGCUGCACCAUCAUCGACGACGACUUCAUCAUCAUCAAACUCAAUGUCUGGUACAAUACCAGUGGCAUGCAGGUUCUAUGCUAAUGGAGCUUGUAGUAAUAAUCAAUGCAAGUUUAUACAUGAUACAUCGAUAAAGCCAGUGACGACAACGGUCUGCAAGUACUUCCUCAGUGGAUCAUUKGGACAAUGCUUCAAUCCCAAUUGCAGCUUCUCACAUUCAUUCCAGAGUUCAUUCGACGAGGUGCAGACUGCCACGUCCUCUGCCGCACCUUCAUCUCCUGCUCCUGCCCCCUCAAAGCCACAGCCGACCAACUUUCAACAGUCGGACUUUCCCGAGCUCAACAGCAGCAAAACAUCAAAGCAACAACAUGGACAACGCACUUCUUCAUCGACAUCAUCGACUCUAUCUCCCACAAGCAGUGUAUAUCAACCUCAAUUCGCUGCUGCAUUGACUCCAAAGAAGCAGGCAAACACUCGUGGACCAUCCAAUCGUACGGCAGCAUCAGCCACAAGUCAUUGUGAUGAGCAGUUUCCAGAUCUAUCAAUGGCGGCAAACACAAAGGGCAAGAGGCGACCGAAGCAGCCACAGACAACUACAACAUCAUCAUCCAACAACUCAAUGACAUCUCAGAUAUACAUUACACAAUUGCAAGACAUGUUUAAGAGCAUAAAGUUGGACAGCAUCAUCAAGGAGUUGGAUCAGAACAAUCAAGACUUUGAAUUGACAAAGAAGUCAUUAGAGUCGCGAUAUGGUGUCAGUCAACCAACUGUACAACAACAGGUCAGUGCCCCAACGCACAGCUCACUGGGACCUCGCGACUUCUCUAAAAUACAAGAACAGGUCGAGAUGGUCAAGGGACUUGGUUGGAGUGAGACUGGUGCUGGCGUAUCAGGACUCUACAGUAGCUACAGAGAUGAAGCUAUUGUAUUUGCACGCGAGCGAAACAGAUACUUUAACAUGGCAGCCAAGGCAUACCUUGGUCGAGACAUGGCAAUGGCAAAGCAAUAUUCACAAAAGGGAAGAGAACUCGAUUCCAAGAUGAAGGAACUACACGAGAAGGCCAUGAAUCAGAUUUAUCAACAAAGGAAUAUGUCACUACCUUCCAACGUCAUUGAUCUACAUGGCCUUCAUGUCAAGGAAGCAUUGGACAUUAUUGAUCAACAUCUUGGUGUAACUGGUAAGUGUUGA